CCUAUAAUGUCUUACCUAAUUAUGUUUACCAUAACCGAGCUCUUUUUGCUCUGUAUCUCUCUCUCUCUCUCUCUCUCUCUCUCUCUACAACUCUAUGAAAGUCUAUAGGACCAGCUCUGCUUCUUCCUUCUAUAUAUAUUUAUGUUUUACCAAAGCAAAGAACCAUGAAUGCCCUUGCUGCAACAAGUCGUAAUUUUCGUAACGCGGCACGUCUUCUUGGUCUUGACUCAAAGCUUGAGAAGAGUCUUUUGAUCCCUUUUAGAGAAAUCAAGGUGGAGUGCACGAUCCCCAAGGAUGAUGGAACUUUGGUUUCGUAUGUUGGUUUUCGAGUACAACACGAUAAUGCACGUGGACCAAUGAAAGGAGGAAUCAGAUAUCAUCCUGAGGUUGACCCCGAUGAAGUAAAUGCUCUGGCACAACUUAUGACCUGGAAGACUGCUGUUGCAGACAUUCCAUACGGUGGAGCAAAGGGUGGAAUUGGAUGCACCCCAAGGGAUUUAAGUAAGAGUGAAUUGGAGCGUCUCACUCGUGUAUUUACUCAAAAAAUCCAUGAUCUCAUUGGUAUUCAUACUGAUGUUCCGGCACCAGAUAUGGGCACUAAUGCUCAGACUAUGGCAUGGAUAUUGGAUGAGUAUUCCAAAUUUCAUGGUCACUCACCAGCUGUUGUGACAGGGAAGCCCAUUGAUCUUGGUGGAUCGCUUGGUAGGGAGGCUGCAACUGGGCGUGGUGUUGUUUUUGCUACAGAAGCUUUGCUUGCUGAGUAUGGGAAGUCAAUCAAUGGUUUGAAAUUUGCUAUUCAGGGGUUCGGUAAUGUGGGAUCUUGGGCAGCUAGACUCAUUCAUGAGAGAGGUGGUAAGAUUGUUGUUGUUAGCGACGUCACUGGUGCAGUUAAAAAUCACAAUGGAAUUGAUAUACCUGAGUUGUUGAAGCAUAAAGAAACAACUGGCAGUCUACUAAAUUUUAAUGGAGGAGAUGCCAUGGAUCCAAAUGAAUUGCUUGUACAUGAAUGUGAUGUACUUAUUCCUUGUGCUUUAGGAGGAGUUCUGAACAGGGAUAACGCUGCGUCUGUGAAGGCCAAGUUCAUAAUAGAAGCAGCAAACCAUCCAACUGAUCCAGAAGCAGAUGAGAUUCUUUCCAAGAAAGGAGUUGUGAUACUUCCUGAUAUAUAUUCAAAUGCUGGUGGUGUGACAGUCAGCUAUUUUGAGUGGGUUCAGAACAUUCAAGGUUUUAUGUGGGAUGAGGAGAAGGUCAAUGCAGAGCUUCAGAGGUACAUGACCAGAGCAUUCCAUAACAUCAAGAACAUGUGCAAGACACAUGAUUGUAAUCUCAGAAUGGGUGCCUUUACGUUGGGUGUAAACCGGGUAGCUCGUGCCACACUCUUAAGGGGUUGGGAAGCUUGAAGAUGUUCUAUCAGCAUGUUGCAUUUCUUAUCUCCUGCUUGUUUUGAGAUAUAUGCCUGGUCAUAGCCCCACAAUUAGACAGCUUGAAGAAAUUCUAGCUCAGAAAUUAUAUCAAUUGUGUCAUUUUAAGACAAAUGUCAAUUCAUAUGGGGGGUCAAUUUCCAUAAUAGAAUUUGAUUUCAUAUAAGCAAACAUUUCUGCAAAGAUAAAGAAUAAUUUCUUAUUUGACUUUCACAUUUAGACAACAGUUACUCAUACUAUAAUGCACUUAUUCAUUAGACA